ACUGAAGGAGCUCGGUCAAGGCUUAGUCCAAGGCUCGCGUUACUCCAAAACCUUAACCCAUUUUGGGCCUAGAAACCUGUUGCCUGUCUAAAUCGAGACGACGGGGAAGCCCUCCGACAAUUCAACGUCAAGCCGACGAUCGACGUAAGCGUACCCCACAAUCCGUGACGGAGAAAGCGAACUUGCAGAGAGCCCUGGAGGGAACAAUCCCCCGGAAACUUUGUUCGACGGCAGAAAUCGAUGGCGCUGUGUUCCUGCUUCGGCUCAUCCAAGGCGCAGAGGGAGGCCGAUCGCCUUGAGUCGGAAGAUGCCCGCGCCAAGGCCGCUGAGGCUGCACGAAUUAGGCAGGAGAAAUUUGAAAAGUCGGCAGCGGGGAGAGCAGUCCGAGCGCAGAUUGCGGCGGCAAAGCAAUCAAAUUCCCCCUCCAAAGGGGAGCCG